UCUGGUGGAUAUCACAGUGGUACUCCUGCCUGUAUUUCUUGUUGGCCUCUGCGGCCUUGAAUGGCAACAAAAGAGGAACAAGAGACUCUACGUCUCCUCAUCCAACAUGUCUCUCGAGCUUUUUAUGAACCCAAAUUCACAAUCAUCAUGGACCAACUUGCCCGGCAUCCGGUUCUGAAGGAUGAUGACUUGGCUGGAAGGAUGGGUUGGCAGGCUAAGGAGUUGAAUAAGUUAAUGGCCGUUCUGGCGAAUGAUCGUCUGGUUACCGUAUAUCGUCAAAACGAGCUGAAAGAAGGUGCCCAAAGAUCCGUAGGAAGGCAGUACUAUUACAUCAAUCACCAGGAUUUCUGUAACGUGGUCAAAUGGCGCAUUGCAGAAAUGCGGAGAAUUAUUGACUCUGGCCUGCGAAAUGAGCUGGAUAACAAGGGGUAUAUAUGCCCUCAAUGUACCAAAUCGUACUCGCCGCUGGAGGCCGAUAAACUUAUCGAUUUUGAACGAGGUGUCUUCUUGUGUGAAAUCUGCCAUGCCGAGCUUGUGGACAACGAGAAUGCAGAGAGCGUAAAAGGUAGCCAGGACCGAAUGCAACGCUUCAAUAAGCAGAUGCAGUUUAUCAGAGAAGGUCUGAGAAAGACAGAGUCAAUGGUGAUACCCGCGUUCGACGUUGCAUUAUGGGUGAAGAACAACGUCAGCGAGUCUGAUAAACAGAAAUCCUCCCAAUCAUCAGGGCUUAAAGUUGCAGGAUCUACGCCGGGAGAUAGAAAUCAAGAUGAUGGUGUUGGUAUUGUCAUGUCAAUGGAUAAAGACGAGGCAACGAGGCGGCAAGAACGAGAUGCAGAGGCUGCCGCCAAGAGGCAGCAGAACGCUUUGCCGGCGUGGCAUCUGAAGAGUACAAUUUCGGGAGAGUUGACAGCACUUGGAGUGAAGGAAAGUGCCCGAGCAACGGUGUCUGGGGAAGGAGUUAGUUCCAACGACGAUAUUCUCAAAGGCCUGGGAACAGUAGGAUCUUCGAGAACGCCACAGUUAAUCACGAUAACAGAAGACGUAAAACCAACGAUAGACCAUGAAUCUGACUACUACGAUCAAUAUUACGCUUCUUUGGCAGCGUCAACCCAGGCAACUCCCUCUGGUCUGGUUAGCGAUGAUUUCGGUGAUUUCGGGGAAGAGGAGGAGCAGAAGCCAUCUGUUCAAUAUCUUGAUUCUUUGAACGACUAUAGAAAGCGAUCUCGAUCGCGAGAAGAUGAAGGCGCGUCGACAAAGAAACUAGCUAAAACGGACUGGCCCGCAGUUGAGCCAGUACAAAACGGGAUUAUACAUGACGAAGCUGAAGUAGACGACAUCAACGUAGGAAACGGGCUUCAGGACGACCCCACGGUAUACGUUAACGGGCAGCCUAAACCAUUUUCACAUGUUACGGAAGAAGAUCAAGACCUAAUGACUCCAGAGGAGUACACGGCGUACUUUGAGGUCUUCCAAACUAGAUCCUGAACGAAGAGUAGAGCAAGUGGAUUUUGACGUACGUGCGCGAAACUCGUUUAUUUAGGUUACAAUAGGCUUAUGAUUUCGUACUACAUAUAAUACUUUUUUUGAGAGUCAUUUCAAUAUGUUCUCAGUGUACUAUCGUUGGAUAAUAGGUGCAAUUGGCCUUGGGAGAAGUUGAAUAACUCACGAGUCGUUGAACCAGAGGCCGUCGGAACUUGACCAGUAGAUAUACUUUUUAGUGUUUUAGCUGCCUGUGUAGAAAAAUAAGCAAGGACUUGAAGCAUUGGGGCAGUGGAACGAAACCACAAAGACACCACACGUUU